GCCAAUCACCUUGCAGUUUUUCCAUAGGAGAUGCAAGUUGAUUGGCUACAUAUUUUUCAAAACUAAAAACGCGCACACACAUGUGCGGGGUAUUCCACGCAUAAUACUUGUUAAAAUAAGACAUUUUAUAUAUAUUAUUAUAUUUUGGGGAAAUUUUUUCAAAAUAUGAUAAAUUUGGGGAAAAUUCAUGGACAAGUUGGGAAACUUCAGCUUUAACCAUCUGGCAACACUGUCUCCUGCACAUUACUCAAGACAGGACCACAGAACACGUUCGACUAUAAACAAUAAGCGCGAGAUUGUCCGUGAACCCGUUUAUACGUAUACAAGCCGUCGAUGACAUCGGGGGACGUUUUGUUUCCGUAUGCUUUCGUCUCGACUUAACUGUAGACAUUUCAUACGCAUAGAUUACAUCAGACAUACAAGCCCGCCGCAAAGCAAGCCAUGGCGAGGGACGUGCACAGGCUCGAGAAGGCGGAACCGGUGGAUGUGUCGGCGGAAUUUCGUGAUUUAAUCUCGGCGGCAAACAAAACCUUUGGAGAGAGCAACUGGACGCAUACCGUUAUCAGCCAAACCUUGGAUUUCGUCGAGGUGGUUGGCGCCAAAUGCUACGUCGGUUGCGCCAGUUUCGUCAAGGUCCAGAUCGAGAGUGGAAUCUUUCACCAGGACAUUGGCUACUACACCGCAGGGGAAGCUACGAAAGGCCUGUCGAUACACAACGCCAGGAUUGGUUCUGCUGUAAAUGCCUUAAAGAGAGCUCUUCUGUCUUUUGGUGGUAUAAUUGAGAGAGAGCUGGAACAGCUGCAAAGACAGGCUGGUCCUGAACAGGCUAACGACUUGCAAAAAGGUCCGGCGCAACAAUUGGAUAAGCAGAAUUCAAACAAUUCAAAUAAGUUGCUUAACGUUGCUGCCACAUCGCUUGGAAUUGGCAUUAAAGAAGAACCUCUUGCAGCAGAAUCUGUUAAAGUAGAACCUGUUGCAGUAGAAUCUCAUACAGCAUCUCUUCCCUGUGAAUUGCACAAAAAACAUACGAGUAAACCUCAUUCAAAUGAGUAUUUAUUUUUGAAAGAAUGUGUGAGAGAAUUAGCUAGUCAACUAGAGCAGAUGAAGGCUAGUCGGGGGUUAGGGGUUAGUCUACCAUCUGGAACAAUUCCUAAAAUUGUCGAGGCCUUGCCGAAUGUAACAGAUUCUGCAACUAAAGGACUGCAGUUGAAGAACAGUGCAACUAAGGCUGAUCCAUCGUCAUCUAAGGAGGUUCUUACAAUUAGUGUCAACGUUGUCGAAGCCUCGCCGAAAGGAACAAAUUCUACAAGCGAGGAGAAGCUGAAAUCAGAUCCUACUGUGGGAUCCACUGUGAACAGUACGAGCGAGGCCAAUCCACUGGCAUCUGUGAAAUACAAAAAUACGAUUGCCGAGCCCUGUCCAACUAAAACAAAUCCCACAAGUGAACAGACGUCGAAAUCGGGUAACGCUGAAAAACCGAGUUCUGCAAACGAGCUGCUACGAAUGGAGAGAAAGAGGAAGCAAAUGGAAAAGCAGAUGGAAUUUAAGAGACGCAUGGUGGAGAAAGAGAAGUUAAUGUCCGUCACUGAAAACAAGCCUAAUCCUAAAUACUAAGACACGCCUAAAAAUAUUACUUUUGUGCCAGUAUUGUAUCAUGUUCCUUAGAAUGUAUGCGCGUUAAGUUUUUUUUUAUAUCAAAUCGAAUGUAUUUAUAAAUAUUUCAGCAUAGAAA